AUGACGCACAAAAGCCGUGGCACGUGUGUCUGCAAUCUUCCACUGAUACUGCUGCUGGUUCACGCGUUGAGCGGAUCUGUCGAUGGAAAGCGAGAAAUUCCCGUCGGCGCCAUUUUCCAUCAGGUACCGGACCACAGCUAUGAGUCUGAGAUUGCUUUCCGCUAUGCGAUCGAGCGUGUUAAUAUGCACGAGAAGCAUUUCGAGCUGGUCCCGAUCGUGCGCUACGUUUCGCCGGAGGACAGCUUCAAGACGGAGCGCAAGGUGUGCGAGCUGGCGGCGGAGGGUGUAACGGCCGUGUUCGGACCAUCCUCCAUUCUGACAUCCGGUAUCGUCGGGUCCAUCUGCAAGACGCUUGAGAUACCGCACAUUAUCACGCACUGGGAUCCGGAACCGCUGGGCGGCAUUGAUCCGGAGCUGCAGGCGAUGACGAUUAACCUAUACCCGGAGGCGGAUGUACUGUCACGUGCACUGGCAGACCUGAUCGUCGACUAUAGCUGGAAAAGCUUCACUAUCAUCUACGACUCGGACGAGGGUUUGAUGCGGUUGAAAGACAUUCUGCAGAUCCAUGGGCCGAGCGAUGCACCCAUCACGGUCCGCCAGAUCGAUGACGAUCCCGACUAUAGACCGCUGCUGAAAGACAUCCAGUCCUCCGGUGAGUCCCACAUCAUACUCGAGAUACGGCCCGAUCGCAUACUGGAGCUGCUGCGCCAGGCCAAGGAGGUGAAGAUGUUGGAAGAAUACCAGAGCUACAUCAUCACCUCGCUCGACGCACACACGAUCGACUUUGAGGAGCUGCGCUACUCGCGCUCCAACAUUACCGCACUGCGGCUUAUGGACACGAAAAGCUUCGACAUCAAGAACGCCGUGCACGACUGGGAGCAAGGGGAGGCACGUAUGAAACGGCAGUUCCGGGUUUCUCACGAGCACGUACACACCGAGUCCGCACUUUACAACGAUGCGGUCAAGAUCUACGCCACGGCGAUCCGUGAACUAGACGCAACAGAAGAGAUCACCCCAUCCCGGCUGUCCUGUGGCAGCAAAAACCUGCGACAAUGGCCAUUUGGGCUGCGGAUUAUUAACUACAUGAAAGUGAAAACUGAGCACGGCAUCACGGGUCCAAUCAUAUUCGAUGAUUUCGGUCGUAGAGCUCACUUCCACCUGGACAUUAUAGAGCUGAGCAAGGAUGAGGGCUUCAAGAAGAUUGCUACCUGGGAUCCAACGCACGGUGUGAAUUAUACGCGCAGUCAAGGUGAGGUCUACUCUCAGAUCGUAGAGUCCUUGCAGAACAAGACCUUCAUCGUGGCGUCCCGCAUCGGUGCCCCAUUUCUUAUGUUUAAAGAGAAAAAAGAUGGCGAAUUUCUGGAGGGCAACAACCGCUUCGAGGGCUACUCGCUGGAGCUGAUUGACGGUAUUUCAAAAAUUCUCGGCUUUCAGUACAGGAUGGAACUGGUGCCGGAUGGAAAAUAUGGUUCCUACAACAAGGUUACCAAAAAGUGGGACGGUCUCGUUAAGCACCUGCUAGACCGUAAAGCGGACCUUGCUGUUUGCGACUUGACAAUCACAUAUGAGCGUAGAACAGCCGUUGACUUUACGAUGCCCUUCAUGACUUUAGGUAUUAGCAUAUUGUACGCCAAACCCGUUCAGCAACCGAAGGAUCUGUUCUCUUUCUUGUCUCCACUCUCGUUGGACGUUUGGAUCUACAUGGCGACGGCGUAUCUCGGCGUCUCGGUGCUGCUUUUUGUACUCUCACGUAUGGCACCAGCUGACUGGGAAAAUCCACACCCCUGCAAGCAGGACAACGACGAGGUGGAAAACAUCUGGGACAUGUUCAACGCGCUCUGGCUGACGAUGGGUUCGAUCAUGGGGCAGGGCUGUGACAUUCUACCGAAGGCCAUCUCGACCCGUUUGGUGGCUGGCAUGUGGUGGUUCUUUGCCCUCAUCAUGCUGUCGUCCUACACUGCCAAUCUGGCCGCCUUCCUGACGAUGGAGCGCAUGGAUGCAACGAUCGAAUCGGCGGAAGAUCUGGCGAAGCAGAGCAAGAUCAAGUACGGCGUCGUGAUGGGCGGCAGCACGAUGGCGUUUUUCCAGACGUCCAACUUCUCCACCUACCAGCGGAUGUGGGCAUCGAUGGAGUCGGCACGCCCGUCCGUCUUUACCAAGAGCAACGAUGAAGGUCGCGAUCGCGUCAUCAAGGGCAAGCGGAUGUACGCAUUCUUGAUGGAGUCAACCUCGCUCGAGUACAUCACCGAGCGGUACUGUGAUCUUACGCAGAUUGGUGGCCUACUCGACUCGAAGGGUUACGGUAUUGCAAUGCCCGUCAACUCACCUUAUCGUACGGCAAUCAGUGGUGCGGUGCUGAAGAUGCAGGAGGAAGGUAAGUUGUACCAGCUCAAAACACGCUGGUGGAAGGAAAUGCGCGGUGGUGGCCAGUGUACCGAGGUACCGAACGCGUCCGGUGAGAACGAGCUCGGUAUCGGCAACGUGGGUGGUGUGUUUGUCGUCCUUGCGCUCGGUUGUCUUUGCGCGUUCAUCAUCGGCAUCCUGGAGUUCCUGUGGAAUGUGCGUAAGGUGGCAGUGGAGGAGAAGGUUACGCCCUGGGAUGCACUUAAGGCGGAGCUCAAGUUUGCACUCAACAUCUCCGUCACGUCCAAACCGGUGCACAACACGCUCAGCGAAUCAACAGCCAGCGGGAAGAGUUCGUUGCGCUCGAAGUCGGAGUCCAGGCGUGGUUCAGAGCUGGCAGGACGUGGCAACAAUGUACGCACUGCGGCCAGCCUGAACAAUAUCGACAAGAUUGGUUUCGUGUUUGACAAGAACUAG